UAUUACAUAUUAAAAGUACGUAAUUUAUGCUCAAAUUUAUUUGUAUUUCUUUGAUCUGGUGUAAAACUAGUCAAAGUUUCCUAUGUUAAAAUAGCAUGGUUUAUGUAUUGAUUGAUUAUGUGGACGAUGUUGUAGUGUAAUUGUAUUAUGUGUGUUUGGGUCUGAUUCACUCCAAUUGGGCCGGUCCACAAAUGUUUUAAUUACAAAGCCCAAAGCAAGGUUCAAGUCUUCAAAUAAUUGUCAAGUCAGUCAAGACCCAGUCAACAUGGCAAGCCCACUUGAUUUAAGGUCCAUCUAUCUAUUGAGCAAAGGUAUAAAAACCUUCAAUCUUCUCUCUCUACAUUCAUUCAAUUCAAGCCUCAAGCAAUUAAUACUCUUGCAUAGCUCUCUCUCUCAACACUGUAUUGACUUCGGCAUCGGAGGGGCCUUCCUCGGCACAACCCCCGAGAUCAGUUUACGUGUGUUUGCUAUGCAGGAAACCCUUGGCCCAAUCAUUACUUGGACCGAGAUCAGUCUUCCGCCCACAAGAAAAGACAUGUCCGAAGGUCCUAUUAUUUUCAUCCGAAACAAUGUGUAUACUCUAUAUAUUUAUAUCUAUUACAAAGUAGAAUUUAAUGGUUUACAUUAAAAUAUAAUUGAUUUCACAGCAUUACAAAUAAUUGAUGGUAUUACAAAUGCUACAUCGUUUUUGGUGGGAGAUCUACAUCUACAUACCUACAUAUAUGCAUAAUCUUCGUUCGAACAUAUGCAAAGUAUCUUCCAAGCUAUAGCACAUAUCAAAAUAUGUGUUUUUUUUCCCUAAAAUGAUCUCAACACCAAGUUCACAUGCUUUAUCAUUGUGCCAUUCUCUAUGUACUUGUAUAAACCUCUAUUCAAUAAAAAUUGUACUUAUUCUUAAAUAAACCUGGUCCACAAUAAAUUUAUUGUGGACCAAGUUUCUCACGUGCCUACCAAGCUUCUUACAAGGAACACAGCCGCCCUCUUCCAGUCUUCCUCCUCUCACUCAUUCUCUUUCCUCAUUUUCGUCCAAACAAAAAGGGCACUCACCCACGUAAGAGGGAGAAACUCAUCAAUUUUUCCCCAAAUCACAAUUUCCAGAUCAAUUGAUCGAUUCAUUCAUCUUCUUCAACAUUAGAACACAAUUCAAUCAAUCAUGUGGAGAAGGCUUGUUUUCUCUAAUCUCAAAAUUCUUUCUUCUUCUUCCUCUUCCGCCACUGUUAGACCUUCAUUUUCUUCUCUCGCUCAUCAUCUUCUUGUUGCUUCCUCCGCUGUUCGCUCUUCGUCUUUUCUUCUCUCUCGCCACCAUUUCUCCGCCGAUGUCGAAGUUUCAAAGGCUCAGAGUGAGGUUGAAGAUGCAAUGCCCAUUGCUACUGGUUAUGAACGUAAAGAGCUUGAAGCUGAGCCGAAUGUUAUUUUAAACUUAUCUUUAUAAAGUAAAAUAGAAGAGAGAGGGAAAAAAAAUGGAAAUGGAGAAAAGGUUGUAUGAAGCUGCUUUUGAAGGAAAUGUGCCAAAUUUGAAAGCAUUAAUCCAAGAAGAUCCCUUAAUACUUGAUAGAAUCUCAACAACUUUCUUCCUAGACACCCCUUUACACGUUGCAACCUUACGAGGGCGCCUCGAGUUUGUACGGGCUGUACUCAGCCACAACCCCCAGCUUGCCAACGAGUCUGACUCGCUCGGCCACUUGCCCCUCCACGUCUCUUCCGCCAAGGGAGACGUGGAGAUCGUCCGCGAGCUUUUACGUGUGGGACCGAGUUCUUGCCUUGCUCGUAGCAAGGAUGGGAAGUUGCCCCUUCACAUGGCUAUAAUGAAAGGGGUCAAGGUUGAGGUGUUGACCGAGUUGGCUCGGGUGUGUCCCGAGUCGACUCGGUCAAGGGUGGAUGGAGAAGCUACUAUUUUGCACUUGUGUGUGAAGUAUGAUAAUUUGGAUGCUUUAAAGGUGUUGGUUGAGAUGUUUAGAGGUCAAAGUGAUUGUAACAACUUGUUGAAUGCAAGAAAUGAUGAUGGUAAUACGGUCUUGCAUUUGGCUGCUUUGCACAAGAAUUUGGAGGUUACAAAAUACUUGUUAGAAACAAGUAUUGAACAUAAUGCAGUGAACAACAAUGGUCUUACAGCCUUAGACUUGGUCGAAAACUCUCCUAAAGACUUCAAAGGACUCGAGCUACUCAACCUUCUCCUUCGAUCCAACGUUCGAAAACCAACCACAAACACUCAACCAUCAAAACUAAGCACCCAAGAAAACAAUGCAACCUCACAUUCUAGACCACCAAGCCCAAAAAAGUCAUGGAAAAGAUUUUUCACCUUCAACGAUGAUAAUACUAAACAUUUAGAAGAUAUUGAAGGCCAAAUAUUAAUUGUCGCGGCUAUUAUAGUCACGAUUAAUGCAUUGCCUAUCAUCUACUUGAAGGUAAAUGGACCAGAUAUACCCGACCAAUUCUCAAUAAACUCGGGCUCAUUCGUGCCUGCUGUAACGACCAUAUUGUUACUAGUAAGUGGUUUACCCUUAAGAAACAAGUUUUGUGCUUGGCUUGUGAUACAGUUGAUGUAUAGUGCAAUCGGGUUUUUGGGACUGAAUUACAUUGGACAAAUGCUUUCAACUGAAAGUCGAUACUCAAAACUCGAUAUUGCUGUUGUUCUUAUGUUGAUUUGGUUUGGGUUGUUGAUAAUUUUUAGUGCACUUAAUAUCAUCCGGUUGAUUGUGUUGGUUGUAAUGAGUAUCAAAGGGCGUAUGAAGCAAAGGAAAUCGCGUGGUAGAAGAGAGGAUGCAUUGUCAAAUGCUUGAGCAAGUGUAAACUUCUAGCUACUCCAGCUUCAUUUGUUUGUUUGAUGUAAAAUUGCUCAAUUUUUCUUUCUUUGUUUGAUGUAACAAGGUUGGUGUAUGUAUGUAAUUGUAUUGAGUAAAGUGUUGUUAAGCUAAGUGAUUGACAAACCUUGCAUGCAUUUAGAAAUCUAUACUAAUAUAUUAAAAGGGAGGAAGUAAAAAUAGAGGA